AUGGAUAGCCUAGCGUUGGUGGUGCAAUUCCUUGGUCCUGGGACUGGACCAUGUCGUUUUCAUCGUUUCAUCGUUUCAUCAUCCACUCGAGACCAGAAAAGCUGGAUAGACUUUGAUACUGAGCUAGUUUGUGUAUCAUUGGUUUGCAUUUGCAUUCAAGGGUUUGUGGGGAGGCAGUUUGGUGAAAGCCCAGACUCAAGCCAUUCAUCAUGUUCGCCCGGCACAAGCUCCGGUGUUAGUUGCAGAUGCCAUGUCUUGUCCAUGACUGUCAAUGACGAGGACAUGCGGUGCAGUGCCACGAGUAAGUAA